AUGACGAAACGCGCACUGUCGCUGGACGAUCUAGUCAACCACGAUGACGCUGAUAAGACAAAACUGCAGAAAAUGAGCGAGAACGUUGAGGUGGGGGGAGAGGUGGAGGAUAAUUCGAGCAAACCAUUGGAGAACAACCAAUUAGCACCAACAAAGGAUGAGGUUGAGAGGAUACCCAAACUAGAGGAGGCUCAGCCAAAUUUACAACCUCUGGCGCCAAAACAACACCCCCUACCCGUCUCGUCAUCGAAUAUUCAAAGCAUGCUCUCUGAGUCCCCUAAAAAUGGAGGUGAUGAUGACGAUAUGACAGAUACGGACGAUGAGGUUGGUGAUGAUGGAGGAAUUCAGUUUAACAAUGAUAUCAAGUUCGAUUAUGAAAAGCAAGAUAGAAACCCUUCGAAGAAGAAAGUGACCAAACCUAAAGAAGCGGAUAAAUUUGUUUCGCAGAGUAAAGUUGAACCUCCGGUGGUCAAAUCGGAAACAGGUGAAUUGAAAGUGAAGAGCCUAGUAGAGGAAACACAAGAAAGUAACGUUCAAGAAAGAGAACCGCUACCAAAGGUCUCUGCUGAACUUGCUUCAAAGGACGCCGGGGUGACUAAUAUAUUUGAAGAAAAGGCCACGUCGUUGUCGAAAAGGAACAACAUCAAGAAGGAUCUACAGAUACUAGACGAAAUAUCAUCUACCUCUAAACCAAACAAAUACCGGAACGUGCCCAUAUGGGCUCAGAAGUGGAAACCCACAGUGAACGCCUUGCAAAAUAUAGAUACCAACGAUUUCAAAAUUGAUUCUUCUUUCCUAAACAUCAUCCCAGAUGACGAUUUGACUAAAUCUGUCCAAGACUGGGUCUAUGCCACCAUCUUCUCCAUCGCCCCAGAUUUGAGGAAGUACAUUGAAUUGGAGAUGAAAUUUGGGAUUAUUGUCGACGGUAAGAGUCCCGAUAGAGUGUCGCCGCCUAUCUCGUCUCAGGCGAUCUUUACUGAACUGGAUGCACACCUUACACCAACGAUCGACGAACUUCUCUUCAAGGAGCUGAAGAAAUAUAUCUACGGUAUCACGGAUCUGAAGGAGAAUUCAGGCAAAUUUGGUAUAAUCGAAUCGUUUACAAAGGAUUCGGUCUACAGAGUUGGGCUUGCCACCCAGAGACCGCGUUUCUUGAGAAUGAGUACCGAUGUGAAAACAGGCCGGGUUGGUGAAUUUAUAGAGAAGAGGCACGUAUCGCAGUUGCUCAUGUACUCUCCAAAGGACUCAUACGACGUUAAAAUCUCUCUGAAUAUUGAACUGCCCGUACCUGAAAAUGACCCACCUGAAAAAUAUCAAUCGCAAAUUCCAGUGAGCGAGCGUACAAAGGAACGUACCAGUUACAUCCACAACGAUUCGUGCACCAGAAUUGAUGUCACAAAAGUUCAAAAUCACAACCAAGGUGCGAAGGGUAAACAUACCGAGAUGACACAUGAAAUCGAGCUAGAAAUAAACACACCAGCAUUAUUGCGGUCUUUUGAGAAUAUCACGACGGAUAGCAAAGAGUACGCCUCAUUGAUUAGAACUUUUUUGAAUAACGGUACUAUCAUCCGGAGAAAGCUGUCAUCGUUGUCUACCGAUCUUUUUGAAGGUACAAAAAAGUGA